AUGUCGUCUCCCGUCGACGAGGUCCGGACUGUCAAGAAAGGCAAAAUGAAUGCAUGCUCGAAAGAGAAUACUCCAAUGGGAGAUUCCAUUCGAGGCAUCGCCAUUGCCAUUGCGUGGCCAGUCAGUCAGAUGCGCCGUGUUACCGAGCGACAGUUCAAGCUUGUGCUCAUGUCCUCGGUCCGCCAUUUCCAAAUCAGUGCGUCUCCGUGGGCUGAAGACGCAGAUGCAGAUGCAAAUGCAAUCGAGACUCAAGCCCAAGACAAGACCAUGAUCAACAUGUGGUAG